UAUUCGUUCAAUUGAACCACUACGCUUAAGAUACAAUGGCAGGCAACAAUGAGCCCUAUCCCAAUGACAUUGUCGAUUUCUGCACCUUGGGCAUGUUCAUCCUUGACGAUAUUGAUUUUGAAGGCACAAAACCUCCGGUGAAGAACAUCCUCGGCGGUGCUGCAUCCUAUGCGAUUAUUGGCGCCCGUCUCGUCGCUGGGAAAGAGCAUGCGCGAUCUGUGAGCUGGAUUGUUGAUGUCGGAUCCGAUUUCCCUGCAGAGGUUCUAAGCGUCAUCAAAUCUUGGGGUACAAAUUGUAUUAUCAGAGAGGAUAAUGACCGACUGACCACACGAGCCUGGAAUGGCUACGGGCCGAAUGAGAAAAGGGAUUUCAAGUACUUGACGCCUAAAUUGCGGCUUGAGCCUUCAAUGCUCUCAGACGCGCAAGUACUCUCGAAGACUUUCCACAUGGUCUGCUCUUCGUCCCGCUGCAUAUCCAUUGUGCAGGAGAUCCUGCGACGGCGGGAAGAACUCCAUCGAGAGGGCAAAGUGCCCUCGUCCGUUUCGGCCACACAGCGACCAAUCUUCGUCUGGGAACCUGUUCCAGACCUCUGCACGCCUGAAGAGCAAGAGACAUUCUUGGCUGCGAACAGAGUCGUAGAUGUUGUGAGCCCUAACGAGCUAGAGCUUGGUAUGAUGUUCGGUCAGCCCGGUUGGAGCGAGGGGACCAGUCACGGAAAAGCUAUUGUUGAAAGGAUUCUUGCCGAGGGUAUCGGGCCUGAUGGGAAUGGACACCUUGUUAUCAGAGCAGGCAAAGAUGGUAGUUACUCGUUCUCUCGGAGACAGAGAAUCUGGCUGCCCGCGUACCAUCAGCCCGAUACGUCGAUGCCUUCACCUGUGGUUGAUCCCACAGGGGCCGGAAAUUCUUUCCUUGGGGCAUUGACUCAAGGUAUGAUCAGCUCGGGGCGAACUCCAGCCAUUAUUGUCACCUCGGUGCUCGCAAGAUCUAGGGCCUGGCAGGAAGCUGUAAAAGCUGGCGGCGCCAAUGAUAGCUUUCUUCCAGCUCUGGUGUUCGCUACUGUAGCGGCUAGUUUCGUGGUCGAACAGAUUGGGGUACCGCACAUUUCUACAGCUACCGAUGGAAGAGAGCUUUGGAACGAAACUGAGUUCACGGAACGGGUCCGUCUGUACACACAGCGCUUGUAUCGAACACUUGAAGAGUCUCCUCAGAAGCACUUGCAGAUCAACUGACCGGUUGAAGAACGCCCUUCUAUUGUCGUACAGCCCUCAAAAAAAACGAUGAAAACAAAACUUAUCAUGCCACAGGAGGUCUUCGGAAUUGCAUUUUAUCACACUCGCUUCUUAUUC